GGAGUGCUUCCAUUCCAGAGGAGUAGUGACGUCUUGUCGGCUGGUUUGCGGAAGAGAGAAUUCCCAUCGCCUGAACGGGAACGGAUUAAGCUAAUAUUAUCAGAGGAGGAGGAGAAGAUCGAUCGAUUAAUCAAUGUCUGGUUAUGAGAAUGUUGUGGGUGGGAAAUUGAAGCUGAAGGGGAAAGCUUUGGAUGUGAAAGCUGGCAGCCUUAAGAAGAAGAAGAAGAAACAUGUUAAGAAACAAGUCGAUUCUUCUGAUCUCGUCAUACAUAAUGAGCUUUCUACUGGCCAAAGCGUAGAAGAACCAGCUGAUGAUCCUAAUGAGGAAGAUAUUAAUGAUGAAGGCAAAACGAGCGAGGAAGGAAAGGCUGCUUCUUACAUUGAUCAUCUCACACCUGCAGAGAGACGAUACAUUGAGCAGAGAGAGAGAAUUGAUGUUCAUAGGAUGGCGAAAGAAGCUGAUAAAUCUCACCGUGACAGGAUUCAAGAUUUCAACCAGUAUUUGGCCAACAUGAGUGAGCAUUAUGACAUUCCUAAAGUUGGCCCUGGCUAAAAGAUCCAUCUUCUUCGUUGUAAUUUAAAAUUUAGAAUUGUGGCAAACAUGUGGUUUUAUGUUUCCCAAGAUUUCUAAAUUUACCUUUCUCCACUCAGUUUUUCCUCACAUUGCUCUCAAGGUACUCCAUUAUGUUUAUGAAAUUUGAUGGUUGUGCUGUUGACA